AUGAAAUCCAGCAAGCGCAGACUUCAGGCUCUCACGGAAGGAUCCGAUGGAAUCCCUAACUACCUUAAAAUGGAAGAUUCUGAGACAUCUAUCCCACCUGUGUUUAGGUCUCGAUUACACGAAUUGUUCUCACAAAUAGAAAAAGAGUUCGACCUUCUGUAUACUGAAAAUUUAAAUCUGCAAGAAAAAGUUGAUAUCCUGAGUGAGAAACUGGAACGAGAAAGUUAUGUGGGAGACAAACAGAACUUAGACUAUAUUGAAUUUGAUGUCACUGGCAAGAACUCAAAAGUAAAGUUAACUCAAAGCAACUCACAGAAAGUGAAGGCCAGCCACAAGCUUCGGGUGCAGACCAGCAAAAUAGUGUCAAGCUUCAAAGCUCCUACUUACAACUGCCAGCUAGUGAGAGAGUUUACAGGACACAAGGAUGGUAUAUGGGAUGUUUCUUCUGCCCGACCGGGACAGGCACUCAUUGGGACAGCUUCUGCAGAUCACACGGCUUGUGUCUGGAGCGUCGAAUGGGGGAAGUGUCUUCUUCAAUAUACAGGGCACUCUGGCUCUGUUAACUCUAUCAGAUUCCAUCCCAGCAGGGAUAUAGCACUCACCAGCAGUGGAGACAACACCGCACAUGUUUGGCAGGCUGCUGUCAAUUGGGACUUACCUCGAGGUCAAUCCUCAGAAGAAGAAUUGGAAGGCGGAGGUGAAGAGAGCCUCGGGGAGGGCGGCGACAGGCCCGAGGUCCUUCGCACUCCUCUGACUGAGCUUUUAGGUCACCAAGGAGUAGUAGUAGCUGCUGAUUGGCUCACUGGAGGUGACCACGUGAUAACGGCCUCAUGGGACAGAACUGCAAACUUGUACGAUGUUGAGACUGGAGACUGUUUGCAGGUUCUUACAGGUCACGACCACGAACUGACGCAUGCAUCAGCCCACCACGCAUCCCGAUUGGUUGUAACCGCGUCACGUGACACAACCUUCCGUCUUUGGGACUUUCGCGAGCCGAUACACUCCGUCUCCGUGUUUCAGGGACACACUGAGAGUGUAACAUCAGCAGUAUUCACACGUGAAGAUAAGGUUGUCUCCGGAUCUGACGACCGUUCCGUAAAGGUAUGGGACGUUCGUAACAUGCGUUCAGCAUUAGCCACUAUUAGAUCUGAUUCUUCAGUGAACCGCGUAGGAGUGAGUGGUAACGGUCUGAUAGCUAUCCCACACGACAACCGGCAGGUCCGUAUAUUCGAUCUGCAGGGGCAAAGGCUUGCUCGUCUACCUAGGUCCAGUCGACAGGGCCAUCGACGCAUGGUCACCUCAGUGGCGUGGGCUGAUGAUAUAUCGUCCAAUAUUAACUUCUUCAGCUGUGGUUUCGACCGCCGCAUACUGGGCUGGUCUAUACAGCCCUCCAAAGAGAACUAA